AUGAGGGGUGGGGCCAGAUCUCCCAUGCUCAUGUUCUUGGGCAGGUUCACCCGUUCCCCUGUCAACAGGGUCCGCCCUACCGUGCUGCCCAGGGGAGGAGCAGGGCCUGCUUUCCAGAGUGCUGCAGCUGGAUCGGCUCGACUGGGCUGCCUGUGUGAGGUGCAGGACCUGCUCUCCCAAGUGCUGCAGCUGGGCCAGCUCACCCAUGUCCCUGCAAACAGGGCGAGCUCUAUUUUGCUGCCCAGGAAACACGGAGUUUUCACAGGGGCAUCCAUACCCAAUCCUUUCCACCCAGCUCCUUCAAGCUUCUUCCUUUUGAUGGGAAUAUCUGAUAUGCUGUGUCAGGAAUUCCAGCUGUGUGUGGUCCCUGCAUCUGAACACAACUUGAGCAGUCAUACAAGAGUGACGCACUUCAUCCUCAGGGGCUUCUCAGAUGUCCCACAGCUGAGAUUGGUGGUCAUCCCGUUUUUCUUGCUCAUCUACACAUUUGGCCUCCUGGGGAACAGCUCCAUCAUCAUAGCAGUGAUGAGAGACAGUAGGCUUCAUUCCCCCAUGUACUUCUUCCUGAAGAAUUUAUCUUUCCUGGACAUGAGCUACACUUCAGCCACCAUCCCCAAGGCAGUGCUGAUAUCCUUCACAGGCUCGGGAGGCAUCUCCUAUCUCGAAUGUGUAGCCCAGCUUUACAUAUUUCUCACACUUUGCUGUACUGAAUGCUUCCUGCUCACGGCCAUGGCUUAUGACCGGUUCCUGGCCAUCCUCAGACCACUGCUCUAUGGCACCAUCAUGAGCCAGAAAUGCUGUGUUGAGCUGGUGGUCACUGCCUGGGUGGGUGGGACCAUCUACUCAGCCUUCCACACUUUCAACACCUUCUCCCUCCCCUACUGUGGACCCAAUGUUGUUGAACACUUCUUCUGUGACAUCCCUCCAGUCAUGAGACUGUCCUGCACUGAUUACCGUCUCCACGAGGAGGUGGGCUUUGCCGUCAGCAGCUGCAUUGUCAUGAGCUCCUUCGCCCUCACGGUCCUCUCCUAUGUGGGCAUCGUGUCCACAGUUGUCCGCAUUCCCUCAGUGGAUGGCAGGUGGAAGGCCUUUUCUACCUGUUCCUCUCACCUGACCACAGUCGUCUUGUUCUAUGUAACUGGAAGCUUUGUGUACCUGAGGCCUGCCUCUCGGUACUCCCCGAUCCAGGGUCGCCUGGCAUCUGUUUUCUACUCUGUCCUCACUCCUUCUUUGAAUCCAGUUGUCUAUUGUCUGAGGAACAAAGACAUGAAGUUUGCUCUGCAGAAACUUUACUGUGGAAGAAAGUCCUGAGUCCUACAAGACUGUGGUGUGUGGCUCUUAGGGCCUGAUGGCUGUGGCUG